AUGUUUCCUAGCCCCGUGACCACGACGCCUUUCUCCGUCAAGGAUAUUUUGAGUCUGGAGCAACAUCCCAGCGGCUUGGCGUCCAUGGAGCUGGCGGCUCUGGGAUCGCCCUCCUCUUGCAUGCUGGCAACCUUCAAGCAGGAGACGUACCCAGCCGAGGAAGCCCCGAUCCCGGACAGCCCCCCGGACAGCGUCUCCAAAAACAACGGCAGCGCUUUCCCCAGCACCUUUUACGUCGCUAAAAGCUACCUGGAAAUGGACUCGGCCAAGGCGCCCAAAGGGGACAAGAAAGCUGAACUGUGCGCCCUCCAGAAAUCCCUGGAGCAGGAGAAAAGGGAUGCCGAGGAUCCCGAGCGGCCCAGGCAGAGGAAACGGAGGAAACCUCGCGUGCUUUUCUCGCAGGCGCAGGUCUACGAACUGGAGCGCCGGUUCAAGCAGCAGAAAUACCUCUCUGCCCCGGAGAGAGACCAUUUAGCCAACGUGCUGAAGCUCACCUCCACGCAGGUAAAAAUCUGGUUCCAGAACAGAAGGUACAAAUGCAAAAGGCAGAGGCAGGACCAAAGCCUGGAGAUGGUGGGCAUCCCUCCCCCCAGGAGGAUAGCUGUGCCUGUCCUGGUCAGGGACGGGAAGCCGUGCUUGGGGGAAUCCUCCCCCUACAGCUCCCCCUACAACGUCAGCCUCAACCCCUACAGCUACAACGCCUACCCGGCCUACAGCAACUACAACAGCGCCGCCUGCAACGCCAGUUACAGCUGCAGCUACCCGGGCGUGCAAGGCGUCCAGCCCUCGACAGCCAGCGGCAACUUCAUGAACUUCAGCGUGGGGGACUUGAACCCCGUGCAAACGGCCAUCCCGCAAGGGAACGGGGCCCUGUCCACGUUGCACGGCAUCCGAGCCUGGUAGGCUUCCCAACCAACCA